AUGAGUACUGACCAAGAAGAACGAUUAGCAUUAUUACAAGAGCUACAAACAACUUUCAACAUGGUGAAAAUCCAAAUAGAAGAAUUUAUGAAAAGUGAAAAAGAUUAUAACGCAAUUUGUGAAAAAAGAUUUAAAGAAGAAGAAAUUGUUGAUGUUCAGAAUGAGAGUUUAGAAGACAGAAUUAAAAGAAUAGAAGGAGUUUAUGAUAGAAAAGAAGAGCUAGUUAGAAGAAACGAAAUUGUCAACUACCAAAUUAAAGAUGGGAUUUUAAUGUUAAAGGCAAUGAAAGAGGUUUACCAAAAACUUGAAGAGAUUAGGCUCAAUGACUAUGAAGUCUUGUCAAAACAAAUGGAUACUAUUAUUGCAAAAGUUCUUGAGACAGAAAAGGAAAGAACUAAUAAACUAAUCAGUGAAAGUCCUUACAGAAAGUGUAGGUAUCAAGGAGAACUAAAUAAAACGAUCAAAGAAUGGGAGAGUAGAAAAUUGGAAGUAAAUUUUCUUUUAUUGUGCCAAAUCAAACAAAUAGAAGAAUGGACAAAUAGAAAAGUAUCCAAUAUACUAUUUGAUUCAGAUAUUGAUGAUUGGAAUUAUAAUACAUCAGUAUUUAAACAAAGAAUAAUAAAUAAAAAACAUAUAACAAUUAUUAUUGAAGAUGAAGAUGGAAAUAAAUUUGGAGGAUAUGUUAAUAUGAAAAUUGAUAAUGUUGGUUGUAGGAUAAAUGAUUCAAAUGCAUUUGUAUUUUCAUUAGAAUCAAAUGGGAGAAUACAAGAAAUGAUGAAAUUUGAUAUUAAAGAUCCACAAUAUGCAUUUGGGUUAUAUAAUCAAUUAGAUGGUGGUUUGUUUGAAUUUGGAGGAAAUGAUAUUUAUGUUUGUAAAGAAAAUAAUAAAACAAAAUCGUGUUGUAAACAAUCUUCCUUUGAAUAUAAAGGAAUAUCAAAUGUACUUUGUGGAAGGCAAUGUUUCACACCAGAACGAAUUAUUGUAAUUGAAAUGAAAUGA